UCUCAGCGGCCCCGUCGCUCGUCCUGGAGCUAGACCAGACGAGGACCUUGAAUUCGAGUUUCUGUUAUUUGUUUUAUUGUACAGACAGACACACAAAGUCAUGCCCACAACGGUGGAAGUUCCGACUUUGCAGGAGCUGAAUGUGGACGAGAUCAAUGUGUCAUCUGCAGUGCUGAAGGCUGCUGCCCACCAUUAUGGCUCCCAGUGUGACAAACCUAACAAGGAGUUCAUGCUCUGCCGCUGGGAGGAGAAGGACCCGAGGAAGUGUCUAGAAGAAGGGAGGAAAGUCAACGAGUGUGCACUCAACUUCUUCAGGCAAAUCAAGGGGAACUGUGCCGAGUCCUUCACGGAGUACUGGACCUGUCUGGAUUAUUCGAACUUGGCAGAACUGCGCCACUGCCGUAAGCAGCAGCAAGUCUUCGACAACUGUGUCCUUGAUAAGCUGGGAUGGGAGAGACCUGAGCUGGGAGACCUGUCUAAGGUGACCAAAGUGGCGACCGCGCGGCCCCUCCCAGAGAACCCCUACCACUCUCGCCCACGUCCCGAGCCCAACAUGGCCGUUGAGGGGAAACUGGAGCCUGCCAAACACGGCAGCAGGUUAUUCUUCUGGAGCUGGUGAGGCAGCUCCAGAAAGUCAAAGUCACCUUCCAAAGCCAUGGGCUCUGUCCAAAAACAGCCAAGCUACUUGUUACCAUUGGUGCAUUAAGGAUGCUGGUUUUAGCUCCCUUAUCUGUGUACAGUUUUAGGUUGCCUUUGGACAGGGCUCAUGUCUCUUGAGCAGCUGUACCUCCAGCAUCAUCAAACAUCGUGAUAAAGGAAGGAAGGAUGGAUGAUUGUGUGAACCAAGUCUAUGAAUCCAUACUGCUUUCCUGACCACUUCUGUAAAUGUAAUGAGUGAACAAAUGCAACAUGCUGUUAUUAUUGUUGUCAAAUAAUAAAGAGAUAAAUUAUAA